ACUGGAAUGAAACAUUCUCAAGGAGAAAAAUUAAACAAAAGUUCUGAAACGGAAAACAUACAACUGGUGGACUGAAAUUUGGCUUAACUUUGUUGACUCUCUAAGAGAAGUGCAGUAAUUACAGUUAUUUUUUCAAACUGACCUAAAUAAAGGUAGGAUAUUUUCUGUAAAAAUCCAUCGUCUGCUUUAGCUAUUUAUAGAUCCAGUACAAUUAGUCAGCAUUUGCUUAAAGCCUAUCACUGAUAAAACCAGCUUCUCUCUGUACAGAAACAUAGCUCAUUUGUAUCCGAUAGUCCGAUCGAAUGUUGGGUGUACACUUACGUUUAAAUGGCGGCGUCUAAGGAAGUAGUUGUAAACGAGGAAGAUUUAUGUUGUUAUAUCUGUUUGGAAUUAUAUGAUAAACCAAGAACAUUGCCGUGUUUACAUUCGUUCUGUCAUAUUUGUUUAGUCGGAUACACUAAGCGAGCCUUUGAUGAGGGAAAACAAACAAUUAAUUGUCCUAUAUGUAGAGCGGACUUAAAGCGUGUCGGCAAUGUAAAAAAGUGGGUGGAGAAUUUACCUAUUAAUUUUACGCUAGUUUCAAUUUUAAGAAACAAGAAAAUGAGCAUGUCUAAUGUAGGAAAUAAAUGUGACCAAUGCCUAAGUGACAAAAUGGAAACAUCUGCGACCGUCUAUUGUUAUGAGUGUUCUGAGAAAUUAUGUGAGAAAUGUACAGCAAUACACAAGAAAGUAAAACUUUUAUCAGGUCACAGACUGUGUAAUAUUGAAAACAAACAGGAUGAUGUUGCUAAACUUGAACUUUUAAAGUCGCUCACAAGAUGUCCAGAGCACCCCUCGGAAGAAGUUCGAUACAUCUGCACUGAUCAUGACCAACUUUGUUGUAAUGAAUGCGCAAUUGUGUCACAUAGAAAAUGUAAUCAAAUGGUCUCUAUAGCCAAAGAGCAGGCCAAAACAGAAAGUGCAAUCGAAGGCACAAGUGACAGAUUAACAGAGCUGACCAAAUAUCUGGAAAAGUUAAUCGAGUACGAAGAUCAGCACCAGUCAAAUAUUGCAGCAUGUAAUGAUGAAUUGAAGGAUAAACUCAAAGACAUAAAGAAGCGGAUUGAUGAUGCUUUCCGUGAAAUGGAAAAGGCUAUAUGUGAUGAAUUCAAAGAAAAAAGUAGAUUGAUCCUAAAGGAAAGUGGGCUUCAAAAGACAGAAAUUGAAUCAUUGAAAUCCGAAGUGGAACUUUCGACGGACAAAAUGGAGACAGCGAAAGAAUUUGGUCAACCUCUCCAUUUGUUUCUUAUACAAAGGAUAUUGAGAAACGAAAUAAAAAGGCACGAAGGUAAAAUCAGAUGUCUCAAUGACAAAAUGAGUAAACGAAUUGUUAAGGCGGUAGAACAAUCAGCCUGUAAUGAACUAGAACAGAAAAUAGCGGACUGUCUCCGUAUUUCAACGAAAUGUUCUGAUGCCAAAAUUCCUACUUGUCAAGGAAUAAUGAAAUUUAACUCAUGGUUAGAAGCAGUCAAAAGUUCAGAUAACGUUUCAAAUAUCCAAAAGCCGGAUAAUGAUGAACCUAAUGUGAAAACUGUGAAACAAGGUAAGGAACUAGACACAGAACAAGAAUAUGAAGAAUCCGAACAGGACAGAUUUGAAGAAGAAUUUGAGGACGAUUUUGACACAGAAUUUUAUGGUUCUAAUGUUGAAGAUAGAGAAUGGCGUGUUCCUGUUAAAAGGAAAUAA